AAAGCCUCAUCUUCAAUGAAACAGGACGAUCUGUUAGGUCCAUACAAUUUAUUUUUUUUUUGUAGAAAAAAAGAAAAAGAAAAAAACUUUAGCAAGAAAGAAGUUCCUUUCCUUGUAUUCUAAUUCACGUCUUUUUUGUUCAUUUAUUUUUCUUCAAUUCUGCUCCAUGGCUUCUUCUGCUCCUUCAGCUACGCCUCAGUAUUUAUCACACUUUCUUCUCACCACCAACCUUCACCACUCAAAACAACACCUCUUUCUCCAUCCACAGCCAUUUGUCAGUACAACCCCUUACUCCAAAGCAUCUCCUGUUGUUUUCAAUGGACUCCAAACCAUACGUUAUCGUUAUCACUCCAGUAAUUUGCACAAGUCCUCGGUACCCAUUAGAUUUCUUGAGCCUAAUUCAAGGUUCUUGCAAAUGGAGUGUCAAGACAAUUCCUCCAGUCGCAAAUUUUCAACGAAAUCCUUGAGUUCAGAUGGAAGUGCCACCUCUUCCACUCUCUCUCAAUCUGUGUUUGGGGUUUUGCAUUUGCUCGUCUCCCUUGGUAUUAUUCUUGCAAUGGAUAAGUUGUUGAAAAAGGCAUUUGUGGCUGCUGCUAUUAAGUUCCCAAGUGCACUAUUUGGCAUGUUCUGCAUAUUCUCAGUUCUAAUGAUUCUUGAUUCUACUAUUCCUGCUGCUGCAACAAGCUUGAUGAACUUCUUCGAGCCGGCACUUCUCUUCAUUCAGAGAUGGCUUCCUUUGUUCUAUGUUCCAUCGUUAGUUGUUUUGCCACUUUCUGUUAAAGAUAUCCCUGCAGCUUCAGGCAUCAAGAUUUGCUUCAUUAUAGCUGGAGGUUGGCUGGCUUCACUUUGUGUUGCGGGAUUCACAGCCAUUUCUGUGAGGAAAAUUGUUAAGACAGAAAUGACAGAUGCUGAACCAAUGGCAAAACCCUCUCCUUUUUCUCCAAUAGAAAUCUGGACUUGGUGUGGGAUCUUCCUUGUAUCAUUUGCUGCUGCACUAUUUUACCCCACCUCACUGGGGACUACUGCUCGAACAUGCCUUCCUUUCCUCCUAGCAUCCACCGUGAUAGGCUACAUGGUUGGUUCUGGAUUGCCUUCUGCUGUUAAGAAGAUUUUCCAUCCUAUUAUUUGUUGCGCACUUUCUGCUGAUUUGGCGGCAUUUGCUUUUGGAUAUGUUUCCAGAUCAGGAUUGGAUCCUGUCCUAGGAUAUUACCUUACAAAAGCGUCAUCUAAUCCUGGAGCUGGUGAUGUCCUGAUGGGAUUUUUGGGGUCUGUUAUUCUUUCUUUUGCAUUCUCAAUGUUCAAGCAAAGAAAGCUUGUGAAGAGACAUGCAGCUGAAAUUUUCACAUCCGUCAUUCUCUCAACAGUUUUCUCUUUGUAUUCAACUGCUCUAAUCGGACGUCUCGUAGGCUUAGAACCAACUUUGACUGUGUCAAUUCUGCCGAGAUGCAUAACUGUGGCAUUGGCUCUCAGCAUUGUGUCACUCUUUGAAGGUGCUAACUCAUCUCUGACGGCUGCCGUAGUUGUAGUAACUGGUCUUGUUGGGGCAAAUUUUGUGCAAGCAACACUUGAUAAAUUACAAUUUCGUGAUCCUAUCGCUCGAGGAAUAGCAACUGCUUCCAGUGCUCAUGGACUGGGAACAGCAGCAUUGUCAGCGAAGGAACCCGAGGCUCUUCCAUUUUGUGCCAUAGCUUAUGCUCUUACUGGUAUAUUUGGCUCAUUAAUUUGCUCGGUUCCAGCAGUUAGGCAAAGCUUGCUUGCCAUAGUUGGCUGAUAGUAUCCGUAACUUCUGGUUAUGUAUGGCCUGGCCAUAUUCAAAUUUCUCUGGCUAUUCCUUGUCCUUCAAUGGCGACUAUUUAUCGACUCCACAGAGAAUAGCCUAGUUGCAUGCUGUGUAUAUUUGUUAAUAUUAUCCUGUUACAAGAACUGGCUUAUUUUCUUAAAUAAAACUAGUUUUUUUGCUCA